AUGCAUCCCGUCACAUUUUCACCGGCCGAGCCCCUACACCAAAGCUCAGUGGCAUCAGUUCUUAAGAGAACCUCACUUGAGGCUCCCCAUUCCAGCUAUAGUACUCAGCAUAACCGUCGGCACACCACAAACUCUGCCCCAUUAGAGAAGACUGCGGAGCUUCUGAAACUGUUGGAUACUUCAACUGCGAACGUAGAAGAGAGUUUUAGAGUGAAGAACAAGCUUGAUCCGCGCGUACAAGUCAGACCGGCACUUGCCAUGCAGGAGGAAAUCGCUGAUCAGAGGUCUUCAUCUUUACAAGCCCUCGGUGGAUAUGUACAUAAGGCGAGCGCGGAAGAAAUUAAUGACAAACUCCGGGAAAUGCUAGCCGCACUAAAUGCUCUCAAACCUCCUACGCCGCAGAAAACUCAAGGGCCGCGGAAGCUAUAUCGCGUGGCAAGCUCCAGAGUCUUUGCCAGAAUGUCAGACGCCUUUGGACGCAUGUAUAAUAAGUCGACUAGCCCUGAGGUCAGAGCUAGAGACCAAGAAAACAGAACUCGGUUGGAAGAGACCGGCAUACCCAUCAGACGAUCGCUAAGCCAGGCAGAUUCAAGUCAACACUCCAUUAGAUCGAUUGAAAUUAGGUUGAAUGAGGGUUCAAACCUUAAUAGGAGAAAAGUUCAACGACUGAUUGGGAGCCCAGUGUUUCAAAAGCCUGUCGCUUUGAAUGAAAAGUCGACCUUGUGCCGCAAGCUGGACGGCCAGACCAACAUCCCAGAGUCAGCGAUGUCUAUGGAAAGACGUGGAAGCAAGUCGAGGCCCUUUUCAUCUUCAACGAAUCCCUUCGAGGCGGAAGAAGAUUUUGAAAACGAUCUUGAAAACGGCAUAUUGCGGGCCUCUCCAGCUGGCUCUUCUACGCCGCGUAUCUGCACUAACCGAGACUCCAACUCCAGCUAUGGCGAUGAUUACGUUGAUGAUUGGAGCGGAUCGAGUGUUGGGCAAGUUAAUCUGGCCAGGAUAGUUGUCAAAGUUGGUAAAAAUGAUGUCGGAACCCCCAAGAUACGGCAGGUCAAUCUGCAGUCCCCAGCAAAUGUAAAGACUUUCUCUCCAAAACCUUGGCAACGAUCGAAAAGAGGCCGUGACAUGCAAUAUGACGACGACUUUGGGAUUGCGAAAAAGCACCCAUCUCCGAGCAAGAGGGACCUUGAAGAAUUGGAAUUAGCAUUCCAGAGAUACAAACUUCCCGGACUCCAUGUUGAGGAUGAUACAGACGAGUUGGCGAACAGUGAUGUCUCACUUGGAGAGGUUCUGGCGGCCAAGGACCCGAACAAGAUGCUGCGAAACCAAAAUACGCAAACGAAAACCACCACAGUGCAACAGCCGCCGACGUCUAAAAUGGCCCCGUCUCGAAUCCCACGGCCAUCGAGUCAGGUUGCGAAAAGGAAAAUAAACGGAAUCCGACUUGCUGCGGACUGUAGACCCAAGAAUGCAGUCCUCGGGGAGUCUGAUGAACUACUGUGA